AUGAUAACACUCUUCAAAAAUAGUUAUUUGCUCAGGGUUUCACACAGGGUAGGUGAAGUUGAACAACCAUUAGAAGAAGGAAAUGGUGAUUCUCUUGACUUUGAAGAGGAUGACAUAGAUGAUGUUUCAGAUCAGGAUGAUAGUGAAAUUGAUGAAGAACUGAGAGCUUUUAGAGAAAAACUUAGGGAAGACAAAAAGAAUGAAUCUGCAAAGAAAAAAAAGAGAACUAAAAAACCCUUAAAGGAUCAAAGUGUUGAGCUUGGAGAAGUUGGCAUAGAUAAGGGAUUUGAAAAUAUCUUCAACAAUAAGGCAGCCAAAUAUAAUGGAAAAUUGGGAGGUGAUGAAGUGUUUAUUGAUUCAUCAGAUGAACCAAGUGAAGAUAGUGAUGAGGAGCUAUAUGUUUUAGCACAACCGGGUGUUGAUUUACCUUCAAGAAGAAAAAGCAACAAACUGAGGUAUGAUUCUUCUUCUUCUAUUUCUUUCUUUGAGUUGGGAAUGAUAUUUGAGAGUGCAACUCAAUUUAGAAAGGCUGUUGCUGAUUAUGCUGUUCAACAUAAGGUUCAGUUAAGGCUUAAACCCAAUGAACCUCAUAGAGUUAGGGUAAAAUGUGAAGGGAAGUGUAAAUGGAAAAUCUUUACAAGCUUGGAUAAAGAUUCUGGAAAUUUUUUUGUAAAGAAAUACUAUCCUGCUCAUAGAUGUAUUUCAAAGAAUAGGAACAGGUUGUGCACAACCAAAUAUGUGGAAAUGAAGAUGAGGGAUAGAAUAAUGUCUCAGCCUGACAUGAGAGUUCAUAAGCUUCAACAGACACUAAGAAAAGAAUGGGGAUUAAAAGUGGGAAGAUCAAUAUGUUACAGGGCAAAAAUGAAUGUCAUUGCCAAGUUCUUGGGUGAUUGGAAACUUGAGUUUUCAAGGUUGUUAGACUAUGCUGAUAUAAUUAAGAGUACAAAUCCUGGGAGUUCUUAUUGGGUAAGAACUGAUAAUGAAACAGUCCCUGGCUUACACUUGUUCAAAUAUUUUUAUGUCUGUUUUGUUGCAUUGAAAAAUGGAUGGCUAGAAGGUUGUAGGAAGAUUAUAGGAUUGGAUGGAUGCUUUUUGAUGGGUGCUUGUAGAGAAGAAUUAUUAGUGGCUGUUGGAAAAAAUGGAAACAAUCAAAUGUAUCCAAUAGCUUGGGCUGUGGUUGAUCAAGAAACUAAACACUCUUGGAGUUGGUUCUUAAGCUAUCUCAUUGAAGACUUGCAACUUGGUGAUGGAAAUGGCAUAACAAUCAUGUCUGACAUGCAAAAGGGUCUUGAGGUGGCAGUGGAAGUCUUACUUCCUAAUGCUGAAAGAAGAAUGUGUGCAAGACAUAUUUGGGCAAACUGGCAAAAAAGAUGGAGAGGUGAGGAAAGGAGAAAAACAUUUUGGAGGUGCUCCAAAGCUAGUUUUCAGGUUAAAUUAAGAGAUGAAUUCGAAUAUAUGGGGAAAUUGGGUCAUAAAAUAUGUGAGGCAGUGCUUUGA